UUCUGCGCUUUCUAAUUGGCUGACUUGGGAACCGGAAGAGGAAGUGAUUGACACCGCACCCGCCGCCGCAAUGCAGAGGGAGGAAAAACAGCUUGAGGCAUCAUUAGAUGCACUGCUGAGUCAAGUGGCUGAUCUGAAGAACUCACUGGGGAGUUUCAUUUACAAGCUGGAGAACGAGUAUGACCGGCUGACCUGGCCAUCUGUCCUGGACAGCUUUGCCUUGCUUUCUGGACAGCUGAACACUUUGAACAAGGUCUUGAAGCAUGAAAAGACACCACUGUUCCGCAACCAAGUCAUCAUCCCUCUGGUGUUGUCCCCAGACCGAGAUGAAGAUCUCAUGAGGCAGACUGAAGGACGGGUACCUGUUUUCAGCCAUGAGGUGGUCCCUGACCAUCUGAGAACCAAGCCUGACCCUGAGGUUGAAGAGCAAGAGAAGCAGCUGACCACGGAUGCUGCUCGCAUUGGUGCUGAUGCAGCACAGAAACAGAUCCAGAGCUUGAACAAAAUGUGCUCAAACCUUCUGGAGAAAAUCAACAAAGAGGAACGAGAAUCAGAGAGUGGAGGUCUCCGGCCGAACAAGCAGACCUUUAAUCCAGCAGACACCAAUGCCUUAGUGGCAGCUGUUGCCUUUGGAAAGGGGCUGUCUAACUGGAGGCCUUCAGGCAGCAGUGGUCCUAGCCAGCCAGGCCAGCCGGGAGCUGGAACAGUCCUCGCAGGAGCCUCAGGAUUACAGCAGGUGCAGAUGGCAGGAGCUCCAAGUCAGCAGCAGCCAAUGCUCAGUGGGGUGCAGAUGGCCCAAGCAGGUCAGCCAGGGAAAAUGCCAAGUGGGAUAAAAACCAACAUCAAGUCGGCUUCCAUGCAUCCCUACCAGCGAACUUGCCCUGAUCUGAGACUGCUUCAUGUCUGUGGUGAGCUGAUGGACACAAGAUCGUGGACCGCUCAGCUUUGUUUGAAAGCCUGUGCUUAUUUUGUGCCGCCAGAGCCGGUGACAGCUUCUGUCCUCAGAGGCCCGCUGCCUCCGCAGGCCUUGCUUCCCAGAUUCCAGCCUGGCCAUCUCUCCAGAUGCAGGUGAUGAGGCCUCCGGGCCGAGACAGACCAUCCACUUACAACUCUGGAGAAGCCUGGGCCUGCUCUGCUCUCCAUCCUGUCAGAAGCCAGUUCAGCUCUCAUCUGGGAACUAGUCAGAGUCCCCCAUCCUUUACCCCACCCUGGGCACAUGAGGGAAGAUGUGGAAGUCCCAGUAGGUGGAGGCUUCCUCAGGAAGUGGCUCUGCCAGGCAGGACUACAUGAAAAAGGGUUUUGUGAGCACGUGAAAAUGUCCCUUGUUCUCCAGACGUUUUUCUCCCCCCUGUAUUUUGGAGGGAGAGGGGAAUUGCACCUCACACUGUCUCUCCUUAUGGUUGAGUCAUCCUCAAAGUGUGCCUGGUUCCUGGGCUCAGUUAGCAUGACUUUUCUCCAGUCCACUGAGCUGGUAGUUCCAAUAAGGGUCAAGUGGAUGGUGGGAGGUGGCAGCUGCCAGCACUUUUGCCUGCUUCUAUAAAGCUGGAGAGGAGAGUGGGCUUGGGUCACCAGCUUAAGCUGCCUUUCUUGGCUCUCCUUUGCAAGCAAGGGCAGGAGUUGAGUCAGCAGAAGAGGACCAAAGGAUUGCUCUGAAUAAAGUUAUUUAAGUUGAUGACCCCUGUGUCAGGGUUAUCUGACAGCAGGUAAAUUGAGAUAGCUAUGUGGGGAUUGGAGACUACAUGUCAGAGACUUUGAGGGUUGCUGCAAGGCAAUAUUUUUAAAAAUUUUACUUAUUUAUUUGGCUGUGCUGGGUCUUAGUUGCAGCAUGCAGGAUUUUUGGUUGCGACAGGUGAACUCUUAAUUGCAGCAUAUGGGAUCUAGUUCCCCAACCAGGGAUCAAACCCAGACCCCUUACAAUGGGAGCCCAAAGUCUUAACCACUGGACCACCAAGUCCCAAGGCAAUUCUUGUUUGUUCUCCAAUAAAAAGUUUUCUUAGG